UACUCCCCAAUCUGAUGUUAGCAGUUCAAACAUGAAGCAAAAACAACUUCUCCUACCAGAAGCAGUGGAUAAGCCAAUCCGUAAAGUUGAAGAUGUGACCCCACCAGAAGCAAUAGAACCACAGAAGAAGGUUAGAAAAUGUGAGCUGGCCAUAGGCACCAAGGAAAAUAUAGUGGCAAGUGGAACAAUUAUACUUGAAUGUGGUCCCAACUAUUUAGUAGUUGUUGAUGCUCCUUAUGAUUCAAGUGCACCCCUUCCCAUUCCUAUUCCUGGACAAACUACUACUGUUGGGGCUGCAAUUGGUUACCAAGUUUUGUGGCCAAAUGAUUUGGUCAUCAUCCGUACUCCCAUCUUAGCAUCUAAGAAAGCAAAGAAACAAAAAGUAAAUGAAGUUGAAGUCAAAUCCAAGGGUGAAAAACCACAAGAUAUGAAAAAUUUUGAGACAUUGGUUGGCCUCAUGCUGAGUACAUCAAGAACACACCCUAUAAACUUCCCAAGUGAUGUUUUUGGUGAGAGUUUCAAGACCUUCAUGAUGAAAGAAGAUAUGGAAAUGAUAAUAUCAUCAAAAGAAGUGUCAUCCAAUUGUAUUUUAUACUACAUAUGGUAA